CCAGCAAACGAAGUCGUAUUGCCAAGAUCCUUUUGGAUAGCAUCAUGUCAAUGGAUAUUCGAUAUCCAUUUCAACAAUCUUAAUAUCCUCCAUUCACCUCACAACCCUAGAAGAACGAUCCGGCAUAAUAGUAGAAUAUGGCGUUGAAAGAAGAUCUUGAGUCAAAGCCACCCUGCCAUCCUCGGGCUUGUGCUAUUCAAGAUUGUCUUGGAAAGAAUAGCUAUGACGAAGCAAAGUGUUCUCGCUAUAUCGAUGCCUUGUACGAAUGCUGCGACGCUUUCUAUAAAAAACAUGGAGACGGUGCAACAAGUCCCAGCUGCCCGAAAGCAAGCCUUUUACGUUUGAAGAUGAAGCAACGACAAGGCGAGCAAAGCAAGUGAAAUUCACAAUUUACAUAGACACAUAUAUCGAUAUUAGAAUCGAUAUUAUAAUCGAUCUGGAAUGAUCUUCUAUCUGGCAUUGCGCUCAUUAUUGUUGCGAGAAUCAGGCACUACAUACCGGUACGGAGACGGGCGUGGCAUGUUCUACAUCUCCUUCUUUGCGUCAACCCAAAUAAAGAAGUUAGGCAACAUUUAUGGAGAGUAGAAAUCGUUCUAGGCGAUCAUUGAGCGCGCGAGAGAUCCGCAUGGGACCUGGACAAGCAUUGAAGGAAAUAAUGGCUUAUCCCGAGACUCUAAUAUGAAUGCCGAUGACAUUAUUGUGGAAGAAAAGAAAAAAGAAUAAAAAUUUCGGCAGAGAAAUUCUUUUUUGUACUCCCUUGCAGCCACUGAGGCUAAUCGAAUGAGGCUAGUGCAUAUGUAGUAGGUGCUACCUAGGUAGGUAAUUGGAC